GCCCCUGCAUUGUUAACUUGCACGGUCCCGUUCCGUAGCCCUGAAGGGGAUCUGCCACAGUGGAUUUGUCAGCGCGCAGGACGGGAGGAGAGGUUUUACGCACUAGUUCCGAGCGUGUUGGAGGAAAAGUAAAAAAGUAAAGAGAAGGGAGGGAAUCCUGUUCUCAUGGUGGCUCCUUCAUCUGCCCGUCGAGGAGAGCGCGGUGAAGUGCUGGCCGAUUGAAUGUCACCUCCAGUCACCAUGGAUUACGGACGGACCAUGGCUCCUCCGGUGCCCCCACACAAGCCCACACCCGCCCGGGCAGGGCAGGCGCAGGAGCGGCUGCUGAAGUGUAUCCUGCUCGGAGACGGAGCGGUGGGCAAAACCAGCCUGGUGGUCAGCUAUACAACCAAUGGAUACCCAACUAAAUACGUCCCUACUGCAUUUGAUGACUUCUCGGCUGUGGUUCAGGUGGAUGGCAGCCCGGUUAGGCUACAGUUGUGUGACACUGCAGGACAGGAUGAGUUUGACAAGCUCCGCCACUUUUGCUAUAGCCGCGCUGACGCCUUGCUGCUCUGCUUCAGCGUGGUCAGCCCUGCCUCCUUUCAAAACGUCUGGGAGAAGUGGGUCCCCGAAAUCCGCCGCCGAUGCCCUCUCACCCCCAUCCUCCUCGUCGGCACGCAGUGCGACCUGCGGCAGGACGUCAAAGUGCUGAUCGAGCUUGCAAGGCGGAGGGAGAGGCCGGUGCUGGAGGAAGACGCCAGAGCACUGUCGGAAAAAAUCGGUGCAGUGACGUACAUUGAGUGCUCGGCGCUGACACAAAAGAAUCUGAAGGAGGUGUUUGACGCAGCCAUCGCUGUGGGGCUGCGGCACUCUGACAGGAGAGCGAGACGGGAGAGGAAGGUCCGCAGCACAGCAGAUAAGAUGAAGAUGCUCUCCAAGUCCUGGUGGAAGAAGUAUGUGUGCGUUCAGUAGGGAGGAAGCAGACGUUGAUCCUGUGACUGGUGAUAAAACUGGAACUGCCAGCUUGUUGCGACUGAGUUGGAUUGAGUAAGGACUAUUCUUAUGUUCACCUGGACGACCCCUGGUACGGCAGGCAGAAAGACUUUAAUUCAGUGAAGCAAUACCUGUAUGACUGUAACCAGCAUUUCAACCAAAAAAUUAUGGAGCUAAUAAAGUUUUAUGGCACAUGGACUGAAUAUCAUACUGGACAUGUCCAAAGGAAAUGUGAGCUGACGUGGAGGGGAGGGCUUCAGACAGUGAUGUUAUGUACUAAAAGUAUACUCCUCCUAUGUCUCUGAUUUGAUACCCUUCUUUAACAAAGUGUAUUAUUUUUUUGUGUUCUACACUGUACUUUAUCCCACAACACUUCUGAAUAAUCCUUUUUAUUUCUCUGAAAUCAGAACAUGAAGUCGAUAUAAGCUGCUCGGUUUAAAUCCCUAAUCAAAGAUGCGAUAAAUCUACUGUUGAAAGUCAAAGCCAGUUGUGCACCUUGUUUCCAAAAAUCAGAAGCAACUCCAGUAUGAGAUAUAUAAACGAUCAAAUUUAUUUUAACUCAUUUUCUUUUAGAUUGCAAUCACAUGUAAAUGAAUAUAAAUUUUUUUUAUCUGUGAGUUCUUGAGGAUGAGAAGCUGUGGUUUGAACCUGUUGUAGUCGUUCAGUUCUGUAUUACUACGGGCUGGUGAUUUCUCUGCACCAGCUUGUUCGUGCCACAUUUUUAGGUGUUGAUCCAGCCAUCACACUGUUAGAGCUCUGUAAGCUCCUCAUUGAUACACCUGAUGCCACAACAAUGUUAACAGAGUACACCAAAUGCCUAUUAAUACUGAUUACCCAACCUAUACUGGAUACAUGCAGGCUGUGGGUUUUGGAGGUUUCACUUGACUGAAAACAUUCACCUGAAGUGUUUAAAAAAAAAAAGCCAGUUUGUUCACUUAUCAAACUUUACUGUUACAGUUCUGCGGCAAUAAGUUGGGUGGUGCCACUAUACAUUGCACUUAUCACACACACAGUCCAAACACAGCACCUGAGUCCUGCCAUGCGAUGGCCUUUAGACCAGUGACGUGAAUAAGAUAUCGAGCAGGUAAAUGCAUCCGUGGUGCUUGAGAUGUUGUUUACUCAGUGUCCGAUCUACAUCUUCCAUACACUACCCACUGAUUUGGAUGAUCACAGGGUCUUUCUUUGCCACUGCAGUCAGGGCCUUAAACAGAUAAUUAUACAUAUUUGUCAGUCAGUAUAUUGGAACUCUCUCCUCUUGUGAAAUGAUACAGUAAAUGAGGUGAAAUCAUCAAAGCGACUGAUUCUAUGUUUGCUUCUUAUUUUUCAGAAGCCUGUCAUUCAGCUCUGUUUAUUUAUCUGUUCCUUCCAGGCCAAUAACUGAUCAGCAGCAAUACAGAGCAGAUGUAUGAAAUAUUGUAUGUCAUUAUGUAUGUUACAUAGUAACCAUUUAUGAUGUUUGUAAUGUCAUCGGGAUAAAUCUGUGGCUACAUACAGUAUAUAAGUGACUCAAGUCAUUGGUUUUGCUGUCCAAUUCAAAAUGGUACUUAACAGUAUGAGUGUUUAAGUUUGUCUGAGAGCGGUUUGUUGAGCUGUAUGAGCAGAACACAAUAAAAUGUGAAAUAUUUAA